AAAUCUUAACUCAGGUCACUUAUGCCUGGACUGAUCCAUUUUACCCUCACUUCCCCAUUCUGCAUCGUGGGGGAGCGAGCAAAGUGAGCUAAGUUUCGGGGGUUAGUUUAAGGUUUCGCUUCCGCACAUCCAAACACCUUCGCGUCUGGACAACGAACAUCCGGGGAGUUUAAGCUGCACGCGCCACAAAACUAUGCGACACCACAGCUCAAGCAUCGGCACAUCCAUGCUAACACACUUCAAAUGCCCCCAAAUGCCGGGAGCAAGCGGUCGAUCGUUGGUGCCCUGUCCAAUGGCCUGCCGCAGCCGCCGCAUCUUGAAACGUUUCCAUUCUCACAACUGUCUCCAGAGCGUCGAAUGCGCCUUCUUCUGUUCCUGAGACCCAUGUUACUUCUCUCGGGAGUUUAUCAUCCACGAACCGCCCGUUCUUGCGGCGAUUUGUGGUUCUGCUGGCCGAACCAUCGCUUCUAUGGACCUACUUCCACAGCAUGCUUGAGCCACGAAGGCCUAUUACACCAGUACAGGUACUGGAUCGCUAUCUAGUACGCAGAAGUAACUUCACAGCAAGUGAUGACCCUAAUGAGAAAGGAAGAGAAGGUCUGGUGGGUGCAGAUGGGAGGUCAGGGGGGCAGCCGGGGGAGGUAUUGAAGGGGAUCAAUAGGACAAAAAGCAGCACAGGGCAAGAGCAACCACGUCCGACAUUCGCAGUGCCAUCUGCAUUGCAAUCAUCACCCAGUUUACGAAUAACAUACACCAUAUCCGUCCGAACAACACCAUCGGCGACUUCGAUACCCGAGGGCGGCGCAAGAGUCGAGAUCGAGUCACUACCGGGACAGAACCAGAACAAGCCAAAUCUCGACGAUGCAAGAAUCGAAGCUCCAGCACUGCCCGGUGUAAAUCAAGACACUUCUAACAUGGGCGAGGUACUAAAGCCUGGGUCGCCAGCCGCGGCUGGUGCUCCAGAAAGACCAUCAAACGCGCCUGCCAUCACAGUGAACAAACCACUUCCCGGACAGAAUCAAGCGAAUCCAGUUAUGGGCGAGGCACCUCUACCCGUGCCACCUCUUCCAGCACUUGCGUUGCCGCCUGCUCCGCCUAUCCCGCCUCCAUCGCCACUCGUCACUAGUUCAGCAUCUGCACCGUCCUCAUCGAAUGAACCGUCAGUAUAUUCGGUGCAAACUGCAACGACUUCAACAUCUCUAUCGACUUCAGCAGCAUCGACUCUAACCCCCUUGGCCUCUUCCUCUAGCUCGUUCACUCUAUCAUCAGUCACAUCCUUCGUCAAACUCACACGAUCAGAACAAGGCAAGGAGGAAGCUCCGGUCACACUAGCACUGUCGAACACAACAACAUUGUCCGCCACUAGUACUAGUGUCAUUCCGGCAGACAAUGCAACUCCACAAGCAAUUGCAGUCGCGCAAUCUUUCUCGGGCGCCUUGUCAUCGAUGACUGCCAUCGCCGCAGCGACCUUGACACCUACUGCUAUACCAAAUAACCAGGAUGGAAGCAUUCUGCAUCCGACUGCAAGGACGUUACUGAUCCUGUUUGUCAUCCUUGGUGCACUCUCAAUCCUUGUCGCCAUUGUGAUCUUUAUGAUGAUCAGGUCCCACAAGAACCGGUCACGAGCGCAGAGACAAGCGGCGAUGAACCAAAAUCUUUACGAUGCUCCAAAUGACCGCAUCGGGGUUACCACGCACAUCUCCGCAGACCCCAACGACAACCCUUUCCUGACAGCAAGCGAGAAGGCUAUCAUCGACAGAGCCGCCUCACCCGAUGGUGCAGCAGAUGCGAACAACUCGUCGAGUUUUUCGGACGCCAUUAGCUCCUUCAUCAAAAAGUCGAGAAGUGUGGCGUACAAGAUCUCGCCUUGACCUGCGUCUCAGCGCAUAACCGUAGGUCAGAGAGCUCAGGAGAUUUGGGGAGGGUCGCGCAUGCUGUGAAUGAAUGUAGAUACGAACUUCAACAGUACAUAAAUCUGAUAGUAAUC